AUGGCUGGGGUGAAUGCAAACAUAAGUCGUUGGCAAUGGAUCAGAUCAUCCAUGCGGGGACUGAUGAAGAAUCUAAUAGAUGCAAAACAUCAACCACAAUGCGAACAAUCUCGCUGGAGGGAACAUUGUCAGUUAGCAGUUUCACAAAAAAAGUCGGGCACUCACGAUCCCGUCCGUCAGGCACAGGUGCAGGUGCAAGUGCAGGUGCAGGUGCAAGUGCAGGAAGUCGAGGAGGAGGAACAAGUGUUUGCGGUCACGCAGACUGCGAUGGCUCUAUGGGAUUACGCACAUGAGAUCGUGCAAGAUAACGCAGCGUGGGCGCGAAAUCAUCCGCAGGCACCGCGGGCCCCCUAUACCCCCAUCCCAAUGUCGCAUCGCAACAAAUGCAUCCUCACCCUGAUGGCGGAGGAGAGACGUGAUGAGAUUUUCCGGUUGUUGAAUGAGGUGAUUGAAAUGGAGCGUCUCUUAGGGUUGGAGGACACGUAA